AAGAGUAACAAGCACUGCCCAUCUCUUCUCCUCCACCAAAAUACCUUACCAUCUGGUUUUAGGAGAGAGAGAGAGAGAGAGAGCAGAUUGGGUGGUCGGCUUUUUGGGUAUUUAUACCCCCGACUUCCUUUCCCCAACCUAAACAAAAAAUACACUCCUUCCUUCCUUCCUCUCUCAAAUCUCAAUCACCCAAACCCUACCCUUCUCCCACCCUCCAUCCUUGUGUGGGAAGACAAGAUCUCUUCUUUUCUCCUUUACUUCCUCUUGUUUGAUGCGAUGGGGUUAGGGUUAGGGUUACAGCUGCAGCAGCUAGCCAGUGUUUGCGGGUGGAGCAUCAUCAAGAUUCACAAGAUUGGAGUGGAUGAUCAGAUGAAGGGUUUGUUUGGAGCUUGUUUCUGUUGCUGGUCCAGCUGCUGACAGCCACCACCACCCUCACCAGGUUUAUAUUCGAUCAAGAUUUGCCAGCCUUCAUAAUCAGUGAUGGAAAUAAUGUGGUGCUUCUACCUGUUUCAAAAAAUCUGUAUCUACGUACAAACAACCGUCAUUCCUCUGAUAAUGAUCAUCACAGUAGCAUAUAUGAAAGAGGCGGCGCUUGCUUGCUUGCUUGCUUGCUGCGUGGGGAUCAGUACUUGAGAGACAGUAUGAUUAGGGUUUGUUAGACUACACGAUGGACAAAUUCAUCAACUGCAUGUGUUUCCCCCCCCCCCCCCCCCCCCCCCCCCGCCUGCAGAGAGGGAAAUGAAAUGAUCAUGUUUAACAAGAGAUUCCCUCUUCUGAUUGAUUGAUUGAGGCCUCCCAUCUAAUCUGUAUUUAUAUAUAAGUCAAAACUGUACUUUGCUAUAGCUACGAAGGGCUCAUCG